AAACUCAAAAGGAUGGUGAGCUAGGCAGAUAGAUAUGGCUGUGUUUUUGAGACUACCCGCGAUCCCUUUCCCUCUAAGAAACUCGUCACUUCAUUCCUCAAGAGGAAUAAAAAUGGCUCUAAAAACCCAGAAGAACACCACCGUCUCUUUCUCUACUGCUACUACUCGAAAGCUGCCCAUACUGCUCUUUGACAUCAUGGACACCAUUGUUCGUGACCCUUUUUACCAUGACAUCCCUGCUUUCUUCAGAAUGCCAUUCGAAGAACUAAUAGAAUCGAAGCACCCAACUGCAUGGAUUGAGUUUGAAAAGGGGUUGAUUGAUGAGGUGGAACUAGCAAGAAAAUUCUUUAAGGAUGGAAGGCCUUUUGAUUUGGAAGGCCUGAAAAAUUGCAUGAGAGAAGGAUAUUCCUAUAUUGAAGGUGUUGAAGAAUUGCUUCAUGUAUUAAAACAUAACAACUAUGAGAUGCAUGCUUUCACAAACUAUCCCAUCUGGUACAAGAUGAUUGAGGACAAAUUAAACAUCUCCAAGUAUUUAUCUUGGACAUUUUGUUCUUGUAUAAAUGGGAAGAGGAAGCCUGAUCCUGAAUUCUUUUUGGAAGUUGUGAGACAUCUCAAAGUUGAUCCAGCAAGCUGUCUAUUCGUCGACGAUAGGAAGAGAAAUGUAGAGGCUGCAAAGGAAGUUGGCAUAAUUGGUCUACAUUUCAAAAACGUAGAUGUGCUUCGUCAAGAUCUUUCCUCGAUGGGGAUUGACAUUUCAACAGAUGAAAUCAACCUUGCACAAGAAUAGUUGUCUACAUCAUUUCCUUUCUUAUGAUUCUUUUGAUUUACAUCAAUUGCUUCUCUAGACUGGAAAUGGGGAAAAGAAUUACACCAUAACCAACUAUAGAAAAAACUUCCAUGAAGAAAUUCAGCUUUAUACCUCCAAGCUGUAUGUAUCGUUGUGGCAAAUGUUCACAAAAUUCAUAACAAAAAAUUGUCCUCCUUUCGUGUUUUCUAGAUAAUGUUCCUUCACCAUCUAUGACCCAGUUUGACAUAGCUUAUGUUUUACAAGAAGCUGCUUAACUUCUGAGUUUAGUAGCAAAA